AUGGAAAACCUGGACUCAAGGUUCAUGAAUGCCCCCUAUUUUCGCUGUGAGGAGAGAAACGAUUCGGUCCCCAUGUGCCAGAAGUGUGAAACAUGUAUCUUAGCAGGGAAGAUCUUCUCUACCAAAGAGUGGUUCCAAAGCAUCAACGAGCUAUGGCAGAGGAGGUUUCUAGUGAGCAUUCUGGAGCAGUUAAAGAGCUCAUAUUUGUUACACUAUUUCCAAGAUAUCCUUCAGACCACACAGGGAAAGGAUUUUCUCUCUAACCGGUACAGGAUCAGCCUCAGCAAGAGGGAGAGGAAAACUGGGAAGUCCUCCUUGAACCAAAUGUUGGAUAAAACAGUAGAACAGAAGAUGAAGGAGAUCUUGUACUGGUUUGGCAACAGCACCCACUGGACUAAGACAAAUUACACUCUCUUGCUGCUGCAGUUAUGCGACACCAGAUUACUGCUCACAGCUGCCAAUGUGAUCGGAGUCCUGUUUCUGAGAGAGCAGAGCAGUAUCUCAGGGCUUGAUGAAGAUUCCACCAAUAUGUUUUUUUUCCCUGAGAAAGAUUACAACUCUGAGUCUGAGACCUCACAUGUCUAUUGGGCAGCCAGAACCAGGCAAACAACCUUUUCUUUGUGCAAAGCCUCCGGAAAUGAAAAUGAGGGGGAAGAGGCAUCUAAAACUGAGGGACAGAGGAAGAGUUCGCUCCAGGGUGUUUCCGAGAUGAAUAGGCUGUAUUCUGGAAAAGCAGGAGCACCCAAACUGGGGUCUGAUCCUUGCAAUCUGUUGGUUGAUCUGGAUGAAGUCAGAGAACUGUCUUCUGGGUUCAGCAAACACCGGGACUUUAUCCGUCACCUGCCCGUCCACCUCUCCAAGUACAUUCUAAGAAUGUUGGAUAGAAACACCCUGAACAAGUGUGCCUCCGUGAGCCAGCACUGGGCUGCCCUGGCUCAGCAGGUCAAGAUGGACUUGUCCAUGCGUACCUUCAUUCAGAACCAGAUUGCCCUCUUGCAGGGCUCCUACAUGAGAGGAGUAGAUCCUCAUUAUGCCAACAGGCUUUCUGUCCCAGUUCCUAAAAUGGUAGAUGACGGGAAGAACGUGCGUGUGAAGAAUCAGAAGUUGAAACUGAGAACAAAGAAUGACUACAACCUGUGGACUGCAUACCAGAACCAGGAAACACAGCAGGUCCAGAUGGAGGAGAGAAAUGUUUUCUGUGGGACCUACAAUAUCCGCAUUCUCUCUGACGUGUGGGACCAAAACAGAGUCAUCCACUAUUCUGGAGGAAAUUUGGUGGCUGUGUCCUCUCAUCGGAAUAUCUAUCUUCUGGAUAUCACACAAAUAAAGGAAGUCCCCGUCAAGUUCCGAGGCCACGCUGGGAGUAUCCGGGCCCUCUUCUUGUGUGAGGACGAAAGCUUUCUCCUAAGUGGGAGUUUCGACCUAAGUAUCAGAUACUGGGAUCUGAAAAGUGGAGCUUGCACACGAAUCUUCAGUGGCCACCAGGGGACAGUCACUUGCUUGGAUUUAUAUAAGAAGAGGCUUGUAUCUGGAGCAAAAGAUUGCCAGGUGAAAGUAUGGGAUUUAGACACAGGAAAGAGCCUGAAGACGUUUAAACACAAGGACCCCAUCUUGGCCAUCAAGAUCAGUGACACAUACAUCGUGAGCAGCUGUGAGCAAGGGACAGUCAAAGUGUGGCACAUUGCCAUGGCCCAGCUAGUAAAGACUCUCACCGGCCACGAGGGAGCCGUGAAGUGCCUGUGCUUCGACCAGUGGCACCUCCUCUCGGGAGGUAGUGACGGCCUCGUCAUGGCCUGGAGCAUGGUGGGCACGCACGAGCGCUGUCUGACGGCCUUCAGGCACCCCAAAGAGGUGCUCCACGUGUCCCUUCUCUUCCUCCGGGUCAUCAGUGCCUGUGCAGAUGGCAAGAUCCGCAUUUACAAUUUCCUCAAUGGGAACUGUCUGAAGGUGAUAAAAGCCAGUGGCAGAGGUGAUCCUGUGCUGUCCUUCUUUAUUCAGGGCAACAGGAUGGUGGUCAACACAGAGAGCAAUAUUCUCAUGUUCCAGUUUGAGCAUAUAAAGUGGCAAUACUCCCUGGAAAGAAGUAAACAAAAGAAGCAUAAAGAGGAGGAAAAGGAAGAAAACAGCCUCAUGGACGUUGUCUCCAAGUCUAGCACUCAGUUUUACAGCCUGAGAGACUCUGCAUCCAGUAAACAAACCAUGACCCAGGAGUUCAUAUUAAGUAAACCUCACAGGUCCCGUGUUCUGCUGAAGGUGGCCAAGUUAUCUUCAGCGAUCUUACCAGAGGAACCUGAAAGUCAAGAAAAGCCAAAAUCACCCCAAAAAGUUGCAGAUAAUGUGGAAAAAGUACAAAAACAAGGACAACUGGAAACUCCUGAAGAAUUGGUCAAUCGCCCAAAGAAAAAGUCCUGGAAGGUCCCUAUGUCACCUGACCAAUUCCUCCUCACUGUCAACGCCCUGCAGCAAGCUCAUAAUUCAGGGGAAUUUGCUUAUCCCACUAGGCCCCAAACCCAAGUCAUUGAUGCCUGGGGACCUUCAAUAUCACACCCGAGGAAGGUCCUGAAUUUCAAAGGAAAAUCCGUCCAACAUGCAGUUGAUCAGUUGAGAUUCAGCAAUCCUCUCACAGAUAUGAAACAAACCAAUAUUCCUCUUGAAAUCCAGAAACUGCAGCCCAACUUGAAGAACUCUUUACACAGUCCCAGAGUCCAGUCCACCAUACCCCAGCCCAUGAUUAUCCGCUCCAGGCUCUCUGGUAGCUUUAAAGGGCAAGACCAAGUGGCCAGUUCAAUUGAAGAGGCAGUAUGCAGAAUGGGCCCCCUGACCAGUAGGCAGGUCAUUAAACCGAACCGCAUGCUAGCUCCACAAGUGGGGAUGGCCACCCUGUCUCUCAAGAAAGAAAGGCCUCACUUCUAUACGACCCUUGAUCCCCUUAGAUUGAACUCUGGGUUCAUGCUGUUGACCGUGAAGGAGGAGCAAGAGUACAGGGAAGCCAAGAUGAAGGAAUAUCAGGCUAGUGAGUCCACUGCAGCGGUCAAUCCAGGAAAAGCCAGCAAAGCUGCAUGGAUCCGGAAGAUCAAAGGCCUGCCUAUUGAUAAUUUCACCAAGCAAGGGAAAACAGCAGCCCCUGAACUUGGACAAAAUGUAUUUAUCUAA